AUGUCCGGUAAGGACUUACUGGUUGGACUUUUUUUGUUGUUAUGUAUCCAGUCUUCAUUAGAGAAGCCUUAUCAUGGAAAACCUCUGUCUCCGGUGAUUUUGAUGCCUGGUGAUGGAGGGAGUCAGUUCUAUGCUAAGCUGAAUAAAACCAGCGUCCCUCAUGUUUUCUGUGAAAAGGUGACCCCUGAAUAUUUCAAUCUGUGGCUUGAUGUUUAUGAAUUAGCACCCUAUUUCAUUGACUGUUUUACAGAUAAUAUGAGGUUGGUGUAUGACCCUAAGACCCGCACUACCCACAAUGCACCAGGGGUAGACAUACAGAUCCGAGGCUGGGGCGACACAGAAACUGUGGAGUGGCUGGACCCCUCUCACUUUGGGUUCACAAGUUAUUUCUACUACAUUGCUCUGUAUUUGGAAUCCUGGGGAUAUAAGCGAGGUGUCUCCAUUCGGGGAGCACCUUAUGACUUCCGCAAAGCACCAAAUGAAUUGGGUGGCAUGUACAAGAAGCUUCAAGCUUUGAUCGAGGAAACUUACACCAUGAACAACAAUGCUUCUGUAACACUUCUUGGCCACAGUAUGGGGAAUCCAGUCACGCUCUACUUCCUCAACCACAUGCCACAGGCCUGGAAGGACAAAUACAUCAAGUCAUUUGUCAGUCUGGCUGGUGUGUGGACAGGCGUCAUCAAAACUCUCAGACUCUUCACUUCAGGUGACAACUUGAAUGUGUAUGUAGUGGAUGCACUGAAGGUACGACCAGAACAAAGGUCAAUGGUUAGCACAGCGUGGUUAUUGCCAUCUGACCGCUACUGGACAGCUGAUGAGAUCUUGGUCACACGUCCAGAGAGAAAUUAUACAGUGAAAGACUUCAAACAGUUUUUUCAGGAUCUUAACUUUACUGAUGGCUAUGACAUGCACCUUGAUACAAAAGAAUUGAUUAGAGAUCUCACCCCACCUGGUGUAGAGGUUCACUGUCUACAUGGUCACAAUAUCUCCACACCAGGAAGAUUGGAGUUUGGCCCAAACAUGUGGCCGGAUUCCCAGCCUAAAGUAAUUCCUGACGAUGGAGACGGAACUGUCAAUAUCCGAAGUCUACACGCCUGCACAGAGUGGAAAGGGAAACAAAAACAAAAUGUAUACCAUAAACAGUUUGAUGGAGCAGAACACAUGGAGAUUUUAAAGGAUCCGAGGAUAAAAGACUAUUUAAAAUCUCUGCUAAUAUCCUAACAUUGACUUACAUCUAGAUCUUAACCUAUUUUUUAAAUCUAAAGGUAGAUGAUACAUUAUAUAAUGGUCAACAAAUAAAGAUCUGUCUGAUUUAUAAGUACAGUAACUAUCAUACUGAUCUAAAACUUUACAACUUUGAAAACUUGUGUGACUGUGCUAGUAUCUUAACAUUGAUUUGCAUCUAGAUCUGUACUUAUUUUUAAAGUAGACAUAGAUAAUAGUGUUAGUAAACAUAUAU